AUCGUACAGUAACGCCUGACGUGAUUGAAAUCGCUGUAUGUGCGAGGUAUGUAAAUAACAGGUAAGCGGCCUUUGGAGGUGCUGGAGACAUUUACGUACGGUGAAAACUUUUUAGAUGAGGGUGUGACAUUUGGUUUAUGGGUAUUUUGUUUGGUAGGAUAUAAUUAAAAUUUAAGUACGCGAAGUCUUAGAAAACAUUUCUAAAAGUUUAUAGAGCACGAUGGGUUCAACUAAUACUGUCUCAAGGGGUCAGUUAAGGUCAAACUUUUCCAGUCGACCUCCGUUUCUUGUUGUGGGUUUAUUUGUUAUUUUGGGAAUUUUGGGUUUUAGUUAUUGGAGUCUUUCAUCACAGUUUAACGAUCUUCAAAAGCAACUACAAAUUAUGCAAGAAAAUGUUCGUUUGGCUGGUCAAAGCAAAGAAAAUAUGGACAAGCAAAACCGUGAAUUACAAAGCGCUCUGAACAAGGUUAAAUUAGAAUUAGAGACUUCAAAAUUAACAAUGAGUAAAAAAGAAAAGGAACGUGAGGAAAUUGAAGAGAAGCUUAGAAUGAAAGAUGAUGAAGAGAGCGAAUAUAAAACACAAGUAGAGACACUAUCAGCAAACCUAAAUGCUUGUCAAGAAGAAUCACGAAAUGCUGAGGAAAAAGCAAAAAAUUUCCAAGAAAACCUUUUAGCUGUGGAGAAAGCUAAAAAAGAAUUGGAAAAUGAAUUACAACAGAUUAUGGAAGACAUUAAGACAAGACAAACUGAAGCUUUGAAAAAGCAGAAUGAAGACCAAGCCAAUAAAAAGAUUGAAAUUACAGACAAAGUGGAUAAGAAUCCAGGAAAUCCUUAUUCCCUCUUUAAAGAUAAAUUAAAAGAGAAUAACUUGCCUGUGGAGCCUGCUGAAGAUCCUGACGUUCAGCCAAAUGUGAUAGAGGAUGAGAAAAAACAGUCUGAAAAUGGGUACAAAAAUAAUGAAAGUGGAGUUCAAAUCAACAUUCCAGAAAAUAAGAACAUACACAGUGGACAGCCUGACAAUAACAGGAAUUUCAGUUUUAAUAGUGGAAACAACCAACAGCCACCAUUUAAAAGUAGUCAGAAUGUUUUGAAAAAUAAGUAUGAGAACCUGGAUAGUAAGAAUAUUAUGCCAAAUAAUGAAAAUUUGAAGACUGAGAACCAUACCUUUAGAAUGGAUCAGCUUCAGAACUAUGUUGCUGGGAAAUAUCAAAACCAGAUGGAUAAGACUCCAGAAAAUCCUCUUUCUCUCAAUAAAGAAUAUUUAACUUUAAAACAUCUUCAAGAUCCUAACAUUCAUCCAGAUGUGAUAGAAGAGGAGAAAAGGCAGUCUGAAAAUGGAAACAAGGAGAUUGACCAAAAUAAUGAAAGUAAUAGCAUUUAAAUCAAAUGAUCGUUGAUUGUUCACAUUCCUAAAGCUGUAAUUAGAACAUCCAUUAUUGUAAUUUCAGUGCUACGUAGUUUAAUGCAUUAUUGCACUAUCUUUGUUAGAAAAGUUAUCUUUUUAUUAUAUUGUUUAUUAUUUUUCAUGUACAUUAGGGGAAAUUUGCACAGUUUUAUGACAAUCCAUUAUAGUGACUUUUUCUUAACUUUAAAUAAGAUAUGGAUAAAUAUCACUUGUUCCAAAUAAAUAAAGUUUGAACCAGAUGUGUACACUGAUUUUGAUAAAUUGUAGGAUAAAAAUUUAAUAGUAAAAAUUUUUUUAUAAACACAAAAGCUUAUUACUUUUAAAAAAUAUACAAGAUUUUGUCAUGUUCUAAACUAUAUCUAAAUAAAUAUCAUAUUGAAAUCAAUGCAUGCACAAGAUUGUAAUAACAUUGAUAUAACAGUUUUGCAUAUGUAUGUUACCAUUAAUUAGGCUUUGUAUCUUUGAGUUAUUGAAGUCAGAUUUUCUUACUACACUGAAAACAUUUAUUGUGUAGAUUCACUUAAUAACUCAAGUAAAUUUAGCAAUAUGUUUAUAAUUAUUUUGAUAAAGGUACACUGCUAUGAGAAAAAAAAUCAGAAGUUUAUGAGAAUAUAAGAAUAAAAUCUUUGUGCCAUUUCA